AUGAUGAUUAUCUCUAGUAUGCUUCUUGUCUUUGUCACAGUCUUGUUCAUGUUGUUACUGAUAAGACAGUUUAGAAAAUGUGGUUCUUCACCAGAUCAUCAUCAUCAGAAGCUUCCUCCCGGCCCGGCGAGGCUGCCUAUUAUCGGCCACCUUCACUUGAUCAACGAUUUGCCUCACCGGACGUUUCAGAAGCUCUCAGCUCAACAUGGAUCUCUCAUGUACUUGCAGUUAGGUUGUAUACCUACUUUGGUAGUGUCAUCCUCGGACAUGGCCAGAGACAUUUUUAAGAAUCAUGAUCUUGUUUUCUCGGGUAGGCCUGUGUUAUAUGCUGCUAAACGCCUCACUUAUAACUGUUCAACCUUGAGUUUUGCUCCUUAUGGUGAUUACUGGAGGCAGAUGAGGAAGAUUGUAAUGUUGGAGCUUUUGAGUUCCCGGAGGGUUCGAGGUUUUCAAGCCAUACGGUCUCGAGAGCUUAAGGUUUUUCUUGAUUCUAUAGCUGUCACUUCAGCUAAUUCAAGCUCUGUGAACUUAAGUGAAAUGACACUUUUGUUGAGCAACAAAAUUGUGUCUAAGAUUGCUUUUGGUAAGAAAAUGCACGAGGAUGAUGAUAAAAACAUAGGCAAGUUCCAUGAAAUGCUUAGAGAAACACAGGAACUGUUGGGAGGAUUUUGUGUUGCAGAUUUCUUUCCUUGGUUGGGAUGGAUCAACAAGUUCAAUGGCCUUGAUCGAAGGAUACAGAAGAACUUGAGGGAAUUAGAUGACUUCUUUAACACAGUGAUUAAUGAGCAUAGAGAUUCAUCAAGUUAUAAUAAUAAGCAUGAAGAACAGGAGGAGGAUGAAGAUCUUGUUGAUGUGCUUGUUCGACUUCAGAAGGAUUUGAAUCAGCCAAUUUCCAUCACCGACGGCCAAAUAAAGGGCGUGCUAAUGGACAUCUUUGUGGCAGGCACAGACACAUCUUCAGCUACACUGGUAUGGAUAAUGGCUGAACUAAUUAGGAACCCAGAUUCAAUGAAGAAAGCACAAGAGGAAGUGAGAAAAGUUGCUAAAAGAAAACAAAUGGUAGAAGAGGAAGAUCUUGGAAGUCUCAAGUACCUCAAAUCAGUAGUAAAAGAGACAUUGAGGCUACAUCCACCAGCACCAUUACUAGUACCAAGAGAAACCAGAGACGUUUGUAGGAUCAAAGGGUUUGAGAUUCCAGCGAAAACUCGAGUUUUUGUGAAUGCAAAAUCUAUAGGGACAGAAGCAAAAGAAUGGCAGAAUCCAGAAGAAUUUAAACCAGAGAGGUUUCCAAAAAGUUCGGUGGAUUGUGGCUACGGGGGACAAUUUGAGAUGCUUCCAUUUGGGGCUGGAAGAAGAGGGUGUCCAGGAAUCAAUUUUGCUAUGCCCAUGGUGGAACUUGCACUCGCAAAUCUUUUGCACCUAUUUGAUUGGAAACUUCCAAGUGGGAUGAAAAGUGAAGAACUUGACAUGGAAGAAGCAUUUGGCAUUACAAUGCACAAGAAAUCUCAUCUUUGCGUAAUACCUUGUCCUCCAUAUUAA